GCGGCGCGCUGGAGGCGAACGCGGGCUGAGCCGAGCGCAGUGGCCGCCGACCACCGAGCGCCCCGCGCCGCUCCCUGCAUGUGCGGCCCGCGGCGGCUCGCAGCCCCCGGCAGCAGCCUCGGCAGCUUCGGCCGCGCCUCGAGAGGCGGCCGCAGCGGCUCCAGCGGCAGCCGAGUGGCCGAGCCCGGGCUGGGAGACACGAUGCGCCGCGUCCUCCGGCUGCUCCUCGGCUGCUUCCUCACCGAGCUGUGCGCCCGCGUGUGCCGGGCGCAGGAGCGAGCGGGGCACGGGCAGCUGGCGCAACUGGGCGGCGUGUUGCUGCUGGCGGGGGGCAACCGCUCCGGGGCCGCCUCGGGAGAGGCCAGCGAGGGCGCCGAGGCAUCGGACGCGCCUCCGACCCGGGCGCCCACACCGGACUUCUGCCGGGGUUACUUCGAUGUCAUGGGCCAGUGGGACCCGCCAUUCAACUGCAGCUCGGGCGACUUCAUCUUCUGCUGCGGGACUUGUGGCUUCCGGUUCUGCUGCACAUUUAAGAAGCGGCGACUGAACCAAAGCACCUGCACCAACUACGACACGCCGCUCUGGCUCAACACCGGCAAGCCCCCCGCCCGCAAGGACGACCCCUUGCACGACCCCACCAAGGACAAGACCAACCUGAUCGUCUACAUCAUCUGCGGGGUGGUGGCCGUCAUGGUGCUCGUGGGCAUCUUCACCAAGCUGGGGCUGGAGAAAGCGCACCGGCCCCAAAGGGAGCACAUGUCCAGGCUCUAUGACAAUCUGCUGUUUACGGAGGCACAGAUUUCUUUCCAAGAGGAUGAACCUGCCGCUGGUGAGUGGAGUGUUGGACUUCAAACCUGGAUGGUCUGAGUGCACGGAUCCUUGACUGCUAGGCCACACUGCGUGUGAGUGCAUACCUGCAGGAAUUCCAGUCUCCUCAGAUCACAAAGAAGUGUGUGAUGCCCUGCAAACAACAGCACAUGCAUCGAGGCCAGUUCAAGAAGCCAGCGUAAGAUGAAGACUAGGAACGUUUUCUGCAUCUGCCCCCAUAGGCCCAGACAUCGUGGUGGGGACGUUGGUGAGAAAUGCCCUUGGGGACAGAAGCACAUGUUUGAAGCUCUCUACACUUGAAGCCAGUAGGGAACACAUGCCAUUAUUUUGUCCACCUUCAAACAGAAUUGGAAAUCAAAGUGGCAGAUUGCAGAGCAGGGUCCUGUGUGUUUUUAAAACAUGCUUCAGAAGAACUGGCGUCCCUUGCAAAGGAGUAGCAACAAAUAGUGACAAAUGCACCUCCUUCUCUUGCCUUUUCCCUUCCAAUAUCUCUCCUGUCUUCCAUCUUCCUAUGCAUUUGUGGUUAUCCUAAGGCUUUGACCGGCUUCCCAGGCUGGAGAAGUCCAUGUUUGCAUGCAUAUUGUGUUGGCCACAGAAAAGUAUUUGUUUUUCUUUGCAGGAUAUGUUGGCUUCUCUCUAGGUACUGAGUUCUUGCAUUUUAAAAAUCAACUUCAUUGAGGUCUAACUGACCCAAUAAAAUUCACACAUUUUAAGUGUAUAGUCUGAUGCGCUUGGACAAAUGUCUACACUUGUGUAUCCGUUACUCUAGAAAAUCCACUCAUGCCCGUUGCCCUUGGAUGCUUGAAAAAUAAAUGAUGCUUCUUGUGCAAGAGGAAAUGCUCAGGAAUUCUAUUGAAGGGUUUAAAAGUCAACACAUAGAUUGGACAUUGGGAUACCUGGAGGCUCUUAAGCAAGAUACUGGGACUCUGAGUUCUGUUUGGAAAUAUUGGGGUCAUGUGUUUAUCAUUGUAAUUGGAAAGAAAAGAGAUACACAUUUUCUUCUUGUUCCUCAGAUAAACUAAGCUCAUUCCCACCUUGGAGCUGUUGUUGGCCCUUGUGUGGCUGGUCUCUCCUCAUCACCCGGGUCCCAGCUCCAAUGUCGCCUUCUCUGAGAAGCCGUCCCUGACCAGGCUUAGUUGCUUCCCACUCUAGCCUGACACACUCCAGCCCAUCACCCAGUCAGUAUUAUUUGCUUCAUUUUACAUUAUGGUCUAAAAUGAACUUACUAAAUAACUAUUUUACUGGUUUAUGUUAUUGGUCUCCUUCCAUUAUCCUUUCCUUCCUUUUUUUUUUUUUUUUUUUGAGACAGAGUCUUGCUCUAUUGUCCAGGCUAGAGUACAAUGGUGCAAUCUUGGCUUACUGCAACCUCUGCCUCCCCAGUUCAAGUGAUUCUUCUGCCUCAGCCUCCCAAGUAGCUGAGACUACCAGCACCUGCCACUAUGCUAGGCUAAUUUUUAUAUUUUUAUUAGAGAUGGAGUUUCACCAUGUUGGCCAGGCUGGUCUUGAACUCUUGACCUCAAGUGAUCCACAGCCUCCCAAACUACUGGGAUUACAGGCA